CGGAAUAUAUUCGGUGUCAAUGCGUUUGCGCAAUGUUCUGAACGUGAAUGCAAGCUAACACUUGACAGCUGACUUUACCAAAGACGUGCAUUGGAAUCCCUGGUUCUCUCCUCAAUCUUAUUGAACGUCAUAUAGGAAAGUCAUGCAGUCAACGGGGCUUGGAAUUGGCGGGCUGGCAUCGGUGACGCGGCUGGAAGCUAUGCAAUGGACAACAAAGGGCAACAAAGGACAAGCUCGGAACUGUUACUGGGGUUACCAGUGAACAGUGGGUUUAAAGGUUCAGUGCUUUACCCGCCAUCGUUUUGUAGUCUAGUUGGACCGGUUCCAGGCAAUGGGAACCAAGCCUUAAAAAGUAUGUGUGUCGGUGACUACACAGCUAGUUUGCUGGUGCCAUGACACUUUGCGGAGGAGGAGAUAAGGUUGGGGAAGGGGAAACGGCAGUGGAACGAAGCAACCAGGCGGAGUAGCUCUGUCAGAGUUCGGGGGCUCCGUGAGGCUACGGAGGUGAGAGGGAAUGGUUGCGGGGGAAGGCGGGAGAGACGCCAGGGUGAGGAUGACCGGCGGCGCGGCGUUGGAGGUUCUCCUUCGACACAACGCUUGGCAAGCGCUUACUCGGCAUCUUACACAAGGGCCAGGCGCUGCGUACAUUGCGCUUGCUAGCUCUCUUGCAUAGAGAGCUUGCUUAGCUGCUCGCCUUUGGGCUCUGGAUUGAAGCAAGAGCGAGGUGAAUGUGAACAGGGUCGAAGCCCUGACUGAGGGUGACUCAUAAAGUACUCGCAUCCUCGUCCGUAUCGCUACCCAGGAAGCCAAAAUGGGCUUCAAGGGCACAAAGUUGGCCUCUUGGCAAACAUAGCGCUCAAUACGUUGCCCCAACAGAGCAUAUAUUCGUUACUCGUGAUCGUGAUCAACUGAAGCCCUGCGCAACGCGCAGUGUCCAUGCUAGAGAAACGCUUGCUUGUGGCAGAGCCCUACUACAAAGAGAGGGCGUCUUGGUGUCUAACAGCGGCUGGCCGCUUUUCCUGAAGCAACGUGGUUAGCAGCCGCGCAGCAAUCCAAGUCCUAGCUGAAAACAGCACAGCAAGCAGGCAACCACCCGUUCACAAUCGACCCUUGGGUCAGCGUCGCUUAAUAAGCAGAUAACGAGCGAGGCGAUAACCGGCCACCCGCGUUCAGAGCGCCGCGCGGCCGCCAGGGCUGACAGGACGGCGUCUGAGCUGGCCGCCGAUGUGAUGGGCUUUGGCGCUUGGUUGCUGGCAACCGUCUCCCUUAUCUGCCGCGCUGCCACGGUCAUGAGGAUUCGAAAGGUGCUGGCAGAGGGCGGCGGAACGAGGGGUGCAGCUCCCGCAGCCGGACCCGGCGGCGGCGCCGGACGCAGCGCCCCUGCCUCACCCGGCAGCGGUUGCAGCGGCGGUGCUGCCGCCGGGAAGCCCAGCACGCCGCCGCCGCCGCGGAAGCCCCUGCUUAAGCGCGCCAUAUGGGCGCUUGCAACACACAUGGUCCUAGCCCGCCGCUGGAUGCUGGCCGUAUUGGCUCUGGAGCUGCUGCUGGUCAAGGGCGCGUACCUUCUGGUGGUAGCCGCCACCCUGGAGCCCUGGCAGGCGGGACUGGCCAUCCUGGUGGCCUCGCUGGUCACCGCGCUGCCCGACGUGCUGGCGGCGACCAAGGGACUGUCAGCGGGAGGUCCGGCAACCGCCGCUGCUACCGGUGGUGCUGCAAUUUCAGAGGGCUGCGCGGCUAGCAGCCGGCGCGGCGGCGGCGGAAGGGAGGCGGAUGAGACUGCGACGGCCAAGGCUUUGGUGGGCGUGAGUGAUGCUGGCUGCUGCGGCGGCGGCAGCGGCGGUGGUGGCGGCGGUGGUGGCGGUGGCGGCGGCGACGGCGCGGGACUUCCGGUCGCCGCCGCGGUGGAGCCGACUGAGGCACCGGGUGGCUGUGUAUAUGUCAGCGGUAGUAGCAGCGUCAGUGUCUGCAAGUGCGGCGGCAGCAGCGGCACCCAUGCUUAUUUCAGUAGUAGCAGCAGCAGCAGCGGUACGGCAAGCCGAACAAGCAGUGCUGGAAUCACCGGGCGCUGGGACAGCAACACUGGCGGUGCCAGUGGCUCGCAUGCAAGCAAUUCACUUGUCGAUGGACCCAUGGGUCGGCAGCGGCUCACCGCCCCGCCGCCGCUGCUUCUACCGUUGCCUCCUUCAACGGAUAUGGCAUGCGAUUCUCAGCAGCUGCGCUCUCCCCUGGGUCCCAUGGAUUUCGACAGCGGAUGCAACAAUACUUCCCAGUCCCCCUUCUCUUCAUCCCUGACGGCACCUGCUCCUAUCUGGACGGCGUCGGCUGUUCCCUCUGCAACCACUGCUUCUACAAGUACCUCCGCUGCCGAUGCUGGUGUUGGGGGCUUUCUGGAUCUUACGCGUCGGCGCAGCGGCGUCGGCGGCUACUUGGAUGUCGUGACCCGUCGUGGCGCCGCUUCGCUGCCGUACACUGUGGGCCGCGCCGGCGGAGGCGGUGCUGCCGCCGCUGCCUCAACCGGACCUCCUGGCGCCGCUGCCGCCGCCGCCUCCAUGCUGGCGACACGCAGCGCUCCUGUUGCCGGUAUGCCUCCACAUACCAUCUCAGCAGGGCCGGUGUACGGAACCGGCGGUCACCGGGCAGCCGUGGCGCCUGCCGUCAGCGGCAGCGGCGGCGCCAACGCCACACCGGCGGCGGCUGUACCUUCGCGCCGGCUCGGCACCACAGCUGCCAGCGGCACUGCUCCUGCCACUGCCGCCGCCGCCAGUGGCGCCAAUCGUACCAGCAUCGGCAGCGGCACCGCUCCUGCUACUGUCGCCGCCAGCUGUGCCGCUGCUGCCACCGCCACCGGCAUUACCUCCAUUCGUCGACUGUCGGUUCCGUCACUCCUCGUGCGUCGCUUGCCGUCAACCCUGAGUGCGAGCUUCAGGGGAAGGACCCGUACCCUGCCUGGAGGGCUGAGUGCCGCCAUCAAUGCGGCUACCGUACGUCCUGUUUGUGGAGCUGGUACGAGUGGUACGAACGUGAGAGCUACGCCGACGUACAAGCCCCUCAGCCGCUCCAGGCUUGUAAGCGUCAAGGUUUCCACGCAUCCUGGGACCUUCCUUGACUACGCCCCCGUCGCCUGUGAGCGCAUCCACGCCUACCUCCGAGCCAAUCCCUUGCCGUUGACCUUACUCGACACGCCCACUGGCGGCGGCAGCGUCGCCGCCGCUGCUCCUGCCGGUGGCGCCGCCGUCGCGUACGACAACGCUGCUCUCAAUGGCGACGCAGCGAAGGCCUCCACUGGUGUCGUUAAGACCAUGGCCGUGCAGGGCUGCGUCCAGGUGGUGUCUUGGGUGCAUUCCGUGCCGUGCGUAUGCAGCGGUGGCAGCGACGUUGGCGGCGGCGGCGCCGAUGGUGACACAGGUGGCAGCGGCGGCGGCAGCGGCGACAGAGGUGGCCACGUGCCUGGCGGUGCCGGCGGCGGUGACAGUGUCUUUGGCUUUUCUCAGGGUCUGAUUAGGGCUCUACCGGGGCUGGAGGAGCUUCCCGCCGUCGACGUCGACGCUGGCGGCGUCGUCACUGCAUACCGCCGUACAUCCCACGGCGGUGCAGCGAACAUAGUCUCAGGGAUUGCUGGCGUCGGUGUCAACUUGCACGGUCUGGUGGCGGAGGCAGAGGGACCGGAGGUUACGAUCCUAUGGGCCCGGCCGCCCUUCAUGGCUGCCGUACCUGCCGCCGCCGCCGCUGGCGGCGCCGCUACGAGUGACACGAUGGUCAUUGAGCUAUGCCUCGCAGUCGCCGACCGACGGCACGCCGCGUCGGCCGUUGCGACCGCGGCGACCGCGGCGUCGGAAUCGGCGUCGGCUACCGCUCACGGCACCGCUGGCUCCCUGUUUAGUGUACGGCUGCUAUUGGUGACGUCGGAUCCUUGGUCCGAAGAUAAGCUUCUGCUGGACGAAACUGCUGUCCUAGAGCGCGGCGCAGCCAACGUGGUUGAGCUGCGGCUGCCGGCGUUGACCGACCCAGGGGUCAUUCGUGUCGUCGUCACCUCGCCAAUGGCGCACCACAAUGCGAGUGACGGCGGUGGUGGCGCCGCCGCAAUACUGGACGCCGCUGUCAUUGGCAACCAGCCUCUGGUCCACGCCGCCUGCACGCUGCUCUGUUUGCCGUCUGACGUUGCACAUGAGCUCUGCAACCUAGCCGACGUCGCCGCCGCUUCGCACGCCGACCCCUCAACUUCCGUCACCGACGGCAGUAGCCGCAAUGAAACGGCGGCGUUCGAGGCGUUGUCGUACAUCUGGGAGAACCUUGUUGCGCCAAUUGCUACCGACAUGGCUUUCCUUGCGGACUGCGCCGCCGCCCUUGGGGGCGGUAGCGGUGAUGGCACCAGCAACAACAGCGGCAGCGGCAGUACGGCGCGCGCCGCUGGGCCGCCCGCCGCCGCCGCUGCGAUGUCAUCGUCGACGCCGAGGUCGACUGCGGCGGCGGCGUUCCACAUGCCGCUGUGUAUGACGACGCCGGCGGGCUGGGCGGCAGGCCGGGCGGCACUGCUUGGGCUGUUGGCAGUGGAGGACAGUCUCAGGUCGGCUCUGGAGCCGCUUGGAGCCCAAGCAACCGUGUCGUACAUUGCCGAUCUGUCCCGCCGCGCCGCCGCUUCCCUCCUCGGAACAGCCGGCCCUGGCGCGGUCGUCGCCGCCGCUGCGGGGAUGACAGUGUCAGCGGCUGCGGCUGCGGUGGUUUCCUCGUCUGCGUCAACGCCGUCGAACUCAACACCCUUGGCGUUACUUGCUGCUACAGCCACCGUGUCACCUGGCCCCGCCACUGCUGCCACCAGCAUCGCCUCGGGCGCCACCAACGCCUCCGGCGGCAGCAGCGCAUGCAGCACUGGUAGCGGCGGCUUUCCUGCCGCCACCACGUCACCGCUCCGUACCUUUCUGGGCCUAGGCGCCAGCGGAAGCGCCAUUCGACGGUCCUUCGAGCUCCCUACGGCCGCCGCCGCGGCGCAAUCUGCCGUACGAGGUCCCGGUCGUAUGUCGUAUGACGGCGGUAGCGUUCGCGUGGCGUCCUUCCUCAGAGACACCAUCUGGUCUCGUCCACGUUCGGCGGUCACUACAGAGGCCGCCGCCGUUGCUGCUGCUGGUGGUGGUGCGAAUGACGGCGCUGUGGCUCCUGACGACGCUGCAAGUGCGGCAUCGGCGUGUUCCUCGUCCUCUCGCAGCGUUGAAAGGCCCCAGACGCCAGGUCCUCGCGUACGACGCCCGCCGGUUAGCGCGUCGUACCGGCAGUUGCUGUACGGCAGCGCACGUGUCAGCUCCGUGAACGAGGGGCCUCCUGCGGGCGCCGAAGCGGAGUCCUUGGGCGACGAAGAGGAGGAGGGCUCCGAUGCCCUUGUCGACGUCACUGACGUCGACGGUGCUCAAACGGUGACGCCUCUCGAGCUGACAUCACCUGAGGAAUCCGACGACGGCAGCGGCAGCGGCGGUAAUGGAGGAGGCGUCUCCAGCCUAACAACAGAGAUUGGCGCUGGCGCUCUAGUAGCAGCGGCGGCGGCAGCUGGCACUUUGCCAGAGGCAGCGAAAGGCGACACUGUGUCACUAUGGCGCCGCCGUCGCGACGGCUGCCGUACGGAUAACAAGACCCACUCGCAUGCCUCCGCUAGCGACUACGCCGCCAGCAUCCUGUCGCGCCGCCGCCGGCUGCUAAUGGCGCCACUGACCGGGUUCAAGUACGACUCGUCGGUCAAUGCAACGGUCAACGGCGAGUUGCCGUCUGCUGCGGCCAGCUGCUCUGCCGCCGGUGCUGGGAAGGGCAACGACGGUGGCGGCAGUGCUGCUGCCAGUCGCUCUGACGCUGGUGUACGGUUUGAGGGCGAUCUGGAACGGCAGUACGAAUUGUACUGCAGUACACUGCACCAUGGGCUGGAUCUGGCUGGGUUUGCGAUGCUGCUGACGAUGUUUGCGGUGGUCACCUGGCGCAAGCUCUGGCUGCCUGCGUCCAUGAGAGCCACAACCUGGGCCUACAACCUGACCAUGCUGUGGGUGGUAGCCAGCACCCUCAUGUUUCCGUACGUCGUACAACUGCUACGGCGGGACGUGUACAAGCGGCACCGGGAGACGCUGCACUUGUCCUGCCAGGCAAUCAACGGUGUGGUGUACGGCAUCUUUGCUGUGGGUCUGCUGCCCAUGCCGCCCGAGAUGACGUUCCACUGGAACCACAGCCACGUACUGCAGCGAGGGCUGGUACGGCCGGUACGGAGGCCGGUUCGUUUCACCACGCACCUGCGGAUGAUGGCGAUCGAGGUGGUGUGCAUCACUCCAGUCUUCCUGUCGUACAGCGGUUGGCGCCGUACACUUACAACCACCCUCAUCACCUACAGCAUGUCCGCGACAGUAGGCUACGCGCUCGAUCUGGCCAUGCGGCGGGUGUUCCUGUUGUCGCUGGCGAGGCAGCGGAGCAACCGGGGAGGAGGACACGAGGUGCGCAAGGAGGAGAAGGACUGAGGGGUGCUUCCUUCCUUUCCUUCAACCAUGCCAGGUGACGUGGGUAGCCAGUGCCACCGGCAGUAACUGCGGUAGAACCUGGUAGUGGCCUAAGCAGGGGGUGCUGCAGGUACUGUGCUGUGCAGGAGGAGGGGUGUGGCAGGCGCUGACAGGGGGGUGUAACCCGGUUGCUGGCAGGAGGGCGCGGUGGGCUGUGGGGCCGGGGUAGCUGGGAUGGAGCGCUUUUAGAGGCAAGAAGUUUUGCUAGCAAUCUAGUUGCUUGGGGGGGCGCUGGAGCGAAGGAAGAGAUUGUUUCAUUGAUUCAGCUUAUUGUUGGUGUAGAAGCCCCCGUUGACAGUUGCUUAGAUCCGUUAAGUGUGUGUAGAGUGAAGAACGCGGGCUAUAAACGUGGGUCAAGAAUUGGAAGGGCAAUGAACCAUGGGUCAGUUUCGCUCCGCGCUGCCUCUAUUAGCACGUCCACUACUGCGCUUAGGCGAGGAAGACGAAGCAGGAUGUCAGGAGUUGGGUUCAAGUCAAGGCUGCUGCAGAGGUAAUCGCGGGGAAGCCAUGCCAUUCUUUUCGAGGAUUCUGUCCAGUUGAACAAUGGCAGAAUGCAACCAACCUUCCAAUUUAGUACGAACGGCUAACCUUCCAAUUUAGUACGAACGGCUGCCCCCACGGCACGCCGGUAUCUGAUUGCCGUCGGGUGUACCGCUUAUGAAGGUUCGGCGUCCGUACAGGUCUUGUCCAUACCCGUGUUAAUCUGUAUGUUCCGGCUGAUAGGACGUGCGGCCCAUGCAUUACAUUACUUGCCGGGUUGAGGCGUCAGGAGGCCGGUGCCUACCGCGGUCACAGCUGCAUCGAGGACGGCUAGUGCUUGUACACUCCAGGCAAGCCCUCAACCUCGGGUCUCCGACCCAUUUUUGUACGAAACUGGAAUCAUUUAGUUCAAUGCGUAUAUCCAUAACCGGUUAUGCUACGCGUUUUAAAGUGGCUCGAUGUAUCCGGGCUGCUCCUACUGCAUGUUCAGAUAUCCGCCAACCUUGUUUUGUCUAGUAUAAUCUCUAUACUCUUGGUAGGAGGUUGGUGCCGUGCGAUUGGCUCCUACGGCGUUGGCAUGGGGCUUAUCUUGUUGCUACAGUAUCGAGGGUAAUACCCCCUGUGUGUAGUGUCUUAGGUUCUUCACUGUGUGUGUAGUGGAGUAUAUUUGGUACUACACCUUACGUACAGUGGGGGACCUUGCAACGCAUGCAAGGUACGGUUCAGCGCGUCCCGGCGUACGCCUUAUGCAUUAUUAGUUCCGGUUUUCCGGUGUGCUGGCGUUGAUGUUGUCCGUUGCAUGUGUUUCCAGCGGCUCCCGUUAGCCUAUGGUUCACCACUGGAGGACUCCAGGACUGACGCCCGAUGGGCGGGGACUGUAUGUUGUAACAUUGUUCACGG